GUGUGUAUCCGUGUCCACGUUAGCGCCUGCCUACCGGGUGCACUUCCAGGCGACGGAGUCCACCAAUCGACCCGCUAGAUGACUUCUCUCUAAAGUCCAAUCUCUCUCUCUCUCUCUCUCUACGUGCCAAGCCAAGCGAAGCUUCUUUGUUGUUCCACCUUUUCUUCGCUUCCUCGGAUGUUCCCUCACUAUCUCUCUCCCCUUUUGAGUCAAUGCGUUUACUCUCUCUCUGUCUCUCUCUCUGAAAUUUCGAUCGUUUCAGUCGUUGCCAUUCUUCAUAAUUGAUUGAAUCGAACCACCCACCACUCUGUGUGUGUGUGUGUUUGGUUUCUGCUGGUAGUGUGCAAUUGGCGAGGAUGAUGGAGUUUUAAGAGUUCAUAACAAGGGAAUUCAGCUGAAGGCAGUGGUGGUGGCAACAGAGUGGAGGUGAUGGGGUGGCAGCAAUGAUAAGGGUUCAGUCCGUUCUACUACAAGAGAGAUGGUUGAUUUUGAGAAGGAUGAGGUACCAAUGCUAUCAGACAUGUAUUCACAAGGCGAUGAACAAGAGGAAACCAAUUUCCAGGGGUUUUCAUCCAGAUAUCGAAGUGCAUCAAUGUCUAUUUCUAGGAAUUCCAUGGAGCCCUAUGAAAAUGGAGAUAAUUUCAUAGGUUAUACUGGUCCCUUGCGGAAUGAAAGAAGAACUUCAUUCAUACAGAUGAGUGGUCCUUUAUAUAUUAGCCGUAACCAUGAGAACCUCUUUCGACCUACCCAAGGUACAAUUGGGCGCAAGACAACUGAGCCUACAGUGGACAAAUAUCAUUCUUUUAAGGGAAUGGAUCAGGAUGGUUGGCCGGACAACUAUCCUGGCAAAAAUGAACAUCUAUUGAAGUCUGGGCAAUUGGGAGUAUGCAAUGAUCCUUACUGCACAACAUGCCCCACUUAUUAUGAUUUGAAGGGGCGAAAAAAUAACUCAAAAUCUUCUGUUAUCUUUGACCCCAAGUUCCAUAAUAUUCUUUAUGGGGAUGCAAAAGGUUGGCCAGGGAGAAUUUUUUCUUUCCUGAAUCCAUAUAUUCCUGGAGUUAUGAAUCCUCAUACUAAAGUUGUUCAGCAGUGGAACAAGUUCAUUGUCAUUUCUUGUCUAGUUGCAAUCUUUGUAGACCCCUUGUUUUUCUUUUUGCUGACUGUCCAGCAGGAUAAUAAGUGCAUAGUUAUUAAUUGGGCCCUGACGACAGCAAUUGUGGUUUUUAGAAGCAUGACUGAUUUCAUAUACUUUAUCCAUAUACUUCUUCAGUUUCGGCUGGCAUAUGUUGCUCCUGAAUCUAGAGUGGUGGGUGCUGGAGAAUUAGUUGACCAUCCAAAAAAGAUUGCUCUCAAUUAUCUUUUUGGUUACUUUCUUCUUGACUUAUUUAUUGUAUUACCUCUUCCACAAAUUGUUAUAUUAUUGCUUAUACCAAGGUUCAUAGGAUUAUCUGGAGCAAAUUAUGCAAAGAACCUUUUGCGUGCAGCUGUUCUUGUUCAGUAUAUUCCCAGGUUGUAUAGGUUUCUACCUUUGAUGGUUGGUCAGUCUCCAAGUGGUUUCACAUUUGAGUCAGCAUGGGCAAAUUUUGUUAUGAAUCUUCUCACCUUUGUGUUGUCUGGCCAUGUUGUCGGAUCAUCUUGGUACCUCUUGGGUUUACAGAGAGUAAAUCAAUGUCUUCGAAAUGCUUGUCGUGACUCUGGAAUGAAAAGUUGUACGAAAUUCAUUGAUUGCGGUCACGGGAAUAAUAUUGGGAGUUUUAAAUCAGAUGCAACAUGGACUAACUGGACGAACAACGAUAACGCAACUGCUUGUUUUAAUGGAGGAUUCUCUUAUGGAAUUUAUGUGCAGGCUGUCAAUCUCACUACAGAACAAAGUAUCAUCACCAGAUAUAUUUAUUCAUUCUUUUGGGGCUUCCAGCAAAUCAGUACACUGGCUGGAAAUCAAAUACCAAGUUAUUUUGUUUGGGAGAUCCUUUUCACUACAGCCAUUAUUGGCCUGGGGCUGUUGCUUUUUGCUCUUCUUAUUGGAAACAUGCAGAACUUUCUCCAGGCUCUUGGACGCAGGCGGUUAGAAAUGUCACUCAGGCGCCGUGAUGUUGAACAGUGGAUGAGCCAUCGGCGGUUGCCAGAAGAUCUAAGAAGGCAAGUUCGUCAAUCAGAACGCUAUAAUUGGGCUGCCACCAGAGGAGUAAAUGAAGAAAUGCUAUUGGAGAAUUUGCCGGAAGACCUUCAGAGAGAUAUUCGACGGCACCUCUUCAAAUUUGUAAAAAAAGUCCGUAUUUUUGCCCUAAUGGAUGAACCUAUCUUAGAUGCUAUUUGUGAGAGGCUAAGACAAAGAACAUACAUAGAAGGAAGCAAAAUUUUAUACCGUGGUGGUCCCAUUGAGAAGAUGGCUUUUAUUGUCCGAGGGAAAAUGGAGAGCAUUGGAGAAGAUGGUCUUCCAGUUGCCCUGUCUGAAGGAGAUGUUUGUGGUGAAGAACUUCUUGCAUGGUGCCUUGAGCAUUCUUCUAUAAAUAAAGGUAGAAGAAAAGGCAGUAUUCCAGGGCAAAGAUUGCUCAGCAAUAGGAUGGUAAGAUGCUUUACAAAUGUAGAAGCAUUUACACUCCGAGCUGCUGAUAUUGAAGAAGUCACCAAUCUUUUUUCAAGAUUCUUGAGGAACCCACGUGUUCAAGGAGCCAUAAGGUAUGAAUCGCCCUACUGGCGAGGCAUUGCAGCAAGACGCAUUCAAGUAGCAUGGAGAUAUAGGAAGAAGCGUCUAAAUCGUGCAGACACUGCCAAUUCUGAACCACCCACCCAAUCAUUCAUCUAGAUAGUGUGUCUGAUUUGUUGUAUGUAAUCUGAGUAUGUAAUCCUGGUAAAAUAUUCACUUGCAUAGUUUGAACACCAUUUAGACCAAAAUUUCAAAUGUCAAUUUCUGUUGUAAUUUUUUUUAACUCAAUCACAAUAUUUGAAAUGGUUGCCAUGUUGAGACACUCGUGUGAUUGUAUGAUUCUUUAUUGUUGUCCCACAUUGGAAAACUGACACAACUUGAAUGGUUUAUAUAUAGAAACUUACUUAUUACACCUGA